GCCUCAACCAAUCUUUACUUGCUCUCUACCAAAGAGAAAUUACAGUAUCAACCAACCAAGAGCUACCAAAAUGGACUCCCUCAAAGACAAGGUGCACGAGAUUGAAGAGGGCGCUAAGAAGCAGUUUGAUAAUUUAUUCCACAACAAAGAAUCCCAACAGGACAACAUGUCCGAGCAGGCGAAGAAGAAGACCGAAGACGCUAAGAAGUCUGGGACGGAUCAGGCGAAGAAUUUGGCUGGGAGGGAGUAAAGGUCUUUAUUCGUCUUAGGUGUUUCUGGAUGGAGGUACAAAGUUUGUUGACCUUGGGCCAAUGUGGAGGUGAAGCUGGUGAGUGGAGAGUAGGUAUAUAGGUAUUACUGAAUAGUCUAUAAAUUGAUGGUUUAUUAAGCCUUGA